UGGCACGGCGCUGUCUGCAACUGCGGGAUAUGUAAUGAAAAUAAAGUAUCUUCACGUACAUGUAAUCUUCGGCCUGUCACGCUAUCUGCGGGAUUUAUCCCCUGCAGGGGUUUAUUAAGUGGGAGGAAUUAUGGCCGCGCCGGGGACAUCUGACAGUUGAUGCGAGGGAGGGCGAGAGCUGUGCCAAGGAUUCUGGGAGGUGUUUCCAUUAAUAUCAGGGGCAACAUUGAAGAAAUCAACGUUAUUUUGAGAAUGGGACUGCAGGAGGGCAUGGAGCCCGAAAACUCUAUCCCAUUACUGCCACUAUGUCACCAGGUGGGAGGUCACGCCAGUAUGCUGUGCUAUGACAAUGACACCAUCUGCAAACCAUUGGUCUCCCAAGAACAGAGGUUUUAUGAGACUCUUCCUAGGGAAAUGAGGGAUUUCACCCCUAGAUAUAAAGGAAUGAUAUUUGUGUCACUGCAGAGGGACAGCGGAGGAAAUUUGAGUUUAAUAGCCAAUCCUGAUGCCUGUUCACAAUUUGAUGCCCCAGGAGACACUUCUGUGGCACUGUGGCGUAAGGUCAGAUGGAGGAGGAGAAGCCUUGGACCUGAGCAAGGGGGAAUGAUCAUAAAACAGAGCCAGGCAAACACAGCUAAUAUCAACAGCUCUACUGAGUCAUCAUACAGAACCGAGAGCUGCUUCCAUUCAGGUAUUACGUACCAAGUUCGAAGUUCUAGAUUUUCCCCUGCUGAUCAGGACCUCUAUAAUCCUUGGGGACUUCACUGUCAUCGUAGGCAUCUGUCUCAAAUGUCUUUAGAGUUCAACAAAAAUCAACAACACCGUUAUCUUUUAUUGGAAAAUGUGGCAUCCAAGUUCUCCCUUCCAUGUAUCUUAGACCUGAAGAUGGGGAUCAGGCAGCAUGGAGACGAUGCGUCGGAUGAGAAAAAAGCACGUCACAUGGAGAAGUGUGCAAAGAGCACAUCGGCGAGCCUUGGAGUAAGAAUCUGUGGUAUGCAGAACGCAUCACAAGGGGAUCACAGCAUGGAACCAAACCAGGUUGAUAGGCCUUCGGCUUCGGCUGUUAUUCCACAGGAGCAGGCGGAUGCACAGCAGCGUGAGAGCACGGCUAAUUCCUUACAGCGAGACAACGGGGCGGUUCCUGGUCCUUCCACCUCCGGUAUGGAGCAUCAGGACGGCGCAGUGGCCAUUCCUGGUAAGCCCUUUACAUUUACACAUGACCGACAUGACCAGGUUGACUCAUCCCUUUCAGAAUCAGAGUGUGACAGUGACACUUCACUUGGGCUAAGGGGUAAGGGUCAAAAGCGCAUGUUUGCUAUGGUAAAGAAAAUGUGGCAGGUAAUGCAGUCAGGCGCAGUUGGCAGCAUGGCGCAGGCGCAGCUUGCGAUAGGUUCCCCAGAAACUUUGCAGAGCACCACUAUCGUGGGGGACAAGCGUCCGCCUAUUAACUUAAUUCCGGAAAGGAAAGUGGCCUUACACGGCGAUUCCUUCCCAUCUUACACUCCCUCAUUGCAUGGUCAUUUGAAACCAAGGACAAUUAGAAAAAUACAGCAAGGCAAAUAUGUGAAUAUAUUUGAAUUAUCUGCUGAAGCUUGUAGGCAGCGAGAGAAGAGCGCGGACGGUACUGGACCUAAAAGGUUUAAGCGUCCUGAAACUUUUGAGGAGUGGCUAAUUUGCUUUAGAGUUUUCUCCUCUUGCUACCUGGAGAAAUACCCGAGCCAAUGCCACGCUAUCCUUAAAUACACUGAUAAUAUCCAUUGGAUUCAGAGGAAGUUUGCUGAGGGGGCUUGGAGAGAUUAUGAUGCUGAGUUUAGGCAAAAGAUGGCGGGUAAUCCUGUGCUCACCUUUGAUACAACUGACUCGCAUCUUUGGCAACGCCUCGGCCCGCAGGGGUCACCCUCCUCCUCCACCCCCUCUAGCAAUCAGUCCUUUCGUGCUUCCAAAACGAAGCGCAGAGGUGGUACCUGCUGGGCAUUUCAAGAUAAUAAAUGUGACAGAGGUAAUUCAUGUGCGUUCAGGCACGUAUGCCGAUACUGUGCCGGGUCACACUCCGGGAGCGAGUGUGCCAGAAAGAAGGAUUCAGCAUCCGGUAGAGCACAGAACAAGCUCUCUCUUGUUGCAAAAGGCCCCAACACCGGUGAAGGUGCACGCCCUUGAGCCAUGGCUUAGGGUGUACCCAGAUUCGCGCGCAGCGUCUUUAAUUUUUCAAGGCUUUUCGGACGGUUUUCGUAUACCUGUGACAAAAGCCAUUAAAGGUUCCAGAGGCUAUCGUAACCUCAAAUCAGCUUACCAACACCCUUCGGUUGUUAGGGACAAGCUGGAUAAGGAGAUAUCUAUGGGCCGGGUAGUGGGUCCUUUUUCCUCGCCCCCUUUGCCGAAUCUGGUCAUUUCACCACUUGGUGUAGUACCCAAGAAGGAAUUGGGAAAAUUCCGUCUAAUACACCACCUAUCCCACCCUAGGGGCUAUUCCGUCAAUGAUGCUAUUGACCCGGAACUCAGCUCAGUGCGAUAUCAAUCCUUUGAUAGCGCCCUGGACUUGGUGCGGGGGGUAGGUGCGGGCGCCUUGUUGGCAAAGCUGGAUAUUGAAUCCGCCUUUCGCCUACUGCCCUUGCACCCUUCAUCAUUUUAUUUGAUGGGUUGCAAAUUUCAAAAGGGGUUUUACGUAGAUAGGUGCUUGCCUAUGGGCUGCGCCAUCUCUUGCGCCUUGUUUGAAACCUUUAGUACAUUUUUGCACUGGGUUUUUGAGCAACAGGCAGUUAAUAACAGCAUUGCUCACUAUCUGGACGAUUUCCUCUUGGUGGGGAGUCCGGGAACUAAUGAAUGUUAGCAGCUGAUGGACUCCAUGAGAAUCCUUAUGUUGCAAUUCGGUGUCCCACUGGCUGAAGACAAGACUGAGGGCCCGGGCACUUGUAUUACGUUCCUGGGUAUCGAAAUUGAUACUGUCGACAGAAUUUGUAGGCUGCCUUAUGGCAAAGUACGGGACAUGCUUGAGGCGGUUGAAGCGGCUGUUUCCAUGGCAACCAUUACGCUUAGGCAGCUACAGUCAUUACUUGGCCUUCUGAAUUUUGCAGGCAGAGUUAUCCCCAUGGGGAGAGUUUUCAAUCGGAGAUUGGAAGCUAAGCUGAAGGGCAAACUCAGACCUUCUGAAAAAAUUUGGAUUUCAGAAGGCAUGAGAGCUGACCUGAGAGUCUGGAAGACUUUUCUUCAGGAUUUCAAUGGGAUUCGAUUAUGGCGAUCUGAGCCCAUUUCCAGUCAGUUGUUGCAUUUAUUUACUGACGCCGCAGGGUCAAAGGGUUAUGGGGCGUAUUUCCGAGGGGAAUGGAGUGCAGGCCCUUGGCCGCCAGAAUGGUCGGCCAGGGGCUUAACACGUAACCUUACCCUUUUGGAGCUUUUCCCUAUCGUUUUGGCGGUUGAACUUUGGGGCAAUCAAUUCGCAAACAGGACGAUUAAUUUCUGCACAGAUAAUCUCAGUGUCGUCCACGCGGUGAACAGUCUUUCGGCCACUUCUGCGGUUGUAGUUUGUUUACUGAGGCAUCUGGUGUUACGCUGUCUUGAACUUAAUAUCCAGUUUCAAGCGCGACACGUCCCGGGGGUUAAUAAUGUAUUGGCAGAUGCACUAUCCAGGUUUGAUUGGGUGACGUUCAGACGUUUGGCCCCUCAUGCUGCAUUAGAAGGCUUAACUUGUCCUGGUUUCCUUUGGCAGCUUCUCCGUCCUGGAUAUCCUUGCUCCCUCUAGUGCGGGCGUCCCUUGCCCCUAGGACAUGGUGCUCCUAUGUCAGGCUUUGGCGUGAAUGGGAAGACUUUUGCCGAUGUCAGAAUGUGGAGGCGAUUGAAGCGUCUCAGGACACGGUAUGUGAUUGGCUGGUGAGUCUUUGGCGAAAGGGUUCGCGGCAGGGGGCUGUUCAUUCUCGGUUGGCUGCCUUGUCAUUCUUUUAUCGUACGCUUGCUUUGCCGGAUCCGGGUAGUUCAAAAUUUGUGCGUCAAGUUGUCAAAGGUUGGGGCAAGCUCCAACCACAGCAAAAGGACUCUAGGGAGCCUAUCACGCAUGACCGGCUCGAGCGGCUUGUGGACGCUUUGCCGGACAUCUGCGCAACGCAUUAUGAGUUUUUGUUAUUUAGAGCUGCGUUUUUAUUAGCCUAUUCGGCUGCGCUUCGUAUAAGUGAGCUCGUGGCGCCGUCCAAAUCCUGCACUGACAAGGGCCUUCAGUUCGGCCACGUCAGGGCUGGAGCAGAUUCACUUUUAAUUUAUUUGCCUAGAUCCAAAACUGAUCAAGAGGGCAAAGGGGCAUGGAUACCUAUUCCUCAGUCUAGCGGUCGCUGCUGCCCGGUGAUGGCGGUUAACCAGUUUUUAGAACACAGACCAGAGGAACAGGGUCCUUUGUUAAUCCAUGCUAACCGGACUUCUCUAUCUUUGUUCCAGUUCCGUAGGGUGCUAGCCAGGGCUGCUGCGCAUGCUGGAUUGGACGUGUCGAAAAUAGCCCCCCAUUCUUUCCGCAUAGGGGCAGCUACUAAUGCCGCGCUGCAGGGUUCUUCCGUGGAAGCCAUUUGCCGUUUGGGUAGAUGGCAUUCCAAUAAGUUUAAGGGUUACAUUCGACCGGUUGUUGAAUAAUAUGUUGGUUAGUAGUGUUUGUUUUCAGUACUAAUCUCGUGUGUCUUUACAGGACCUGUCAGCGGCGCUAAAAGGAUAUGGAUCGUGGGGCACUCCUACGUUCAUUGGGCCUCCAUACGUAGUUCGGCCCUUCCGGGGGGGGCAGAAUUUAGGUUUCCCUUUCACCCAAGUGUCAAUUAGAUGGUUAGGUGAGAGAGGGAUGUGUUGGCCAGCGCUUCCAUCACGCAUCUCAGAGGCCCUAGUACGCUGGGGUAAACCUCAUGUUAUAAUCCUUCAUUUGGGUGGCAAUGAUAUGGGCGCCAUUCCUGUCUUGGAGCUUAUCAAAAUCAUGCAAGCAGAUAUUGCAUGGAUCAGAGCUCGCAUCCCGAACAUGUUGGUCGGUUGGUCCAAUAUAGUUCCCAGGUUGGAAUGGCGUCACAUGUCUUCCCACAGCGCCGCUUACAAAGUUAGGAAGAAGAUAAACUCUUCAGUUGCUAGAACCGUCACAGGUAAUGGGGGAUUCGUGGUUAAACACGAAUCUCUAACAGCCGACAAGGUCCAUUACUAUAGGAAGGAUAGGGUACAUUUGGAGACAGUUGCCCUAGAUAUUUUUAUAAAGGAUAUCCGUAAGGCCAUAGUAACCCUCCUUUAAGUCCGGUUGGGUUGUGUUUGUCCUUUAUCGGUGGCGGCACAGUUAUCAUUUUUAAUGCUAUCUGGUGGCUGGAGGUAACGGCCCUGUUGCCUUGGAAAGGGUGAACAGGGGGAGUGAUGACCAAUCUAAAAGUGUGAGGGGUGGAUAGCCUCAUGUGCACGUGAGGUGCCCCUCCUUCCCCUUGCGGGUGGGUCACGUGAUCUCAUUAACCCCUUAGUAGCAAUUUUUCUAUGAGCAGAGGUCCCGCUCUGCUGCAGUUUCCGUUUGGGCCGUUUACCUUCUGCUGUGCCGGGUUGUCAUUAUAGCAAUUCGUUCAGCCGCCAUCUGACCUUGUUGGUUACCAUAGUUACUUAGUUAGUUAAUAAAUGUUUAACCUGUGACGGUUAAAAUUUUACCCAUAAAAAGUUGUUGUGUUUUUAUUUCAUUAUAGAGUAAGUGUUUUUAUAUUCUGUUCUACGGCUAGCGACCGGUAGGCAUUUAAUCCCUUAAGGCAGUGUAGGGCACAAUUGGGCCUGGAGCAAAGCUAAGGGUUAAAGCCGUAGGGAGAGAUAGGAGAAGAGGGCUGGCUAGGGAGGUUAGUUGCAACAAUGUUGCAUGCAAGGGAGGGGCCCACUACUCACCUUAAAAGUGGGGAUCAUCAGCUUCCUGGCCCUCUUCUUCCUGGAAUCCGGUGCAGACGAGUUCUUUCCCCUCCCUCCCUUCCCUGUUACAAGAUGGCUUCCAAAUUUAAUUUAUUGUUCUAGGCGCUAAGUAUGCCUUCUCAGGCUAAUUUAGUAGCCACAUUAUUGAUUGAGCAUUUCAAAUCUAAAAUUUUGUCCCCUAGUUGGGCGACGGGUAUGCCUAUUCAGGCUAACUUUGUCAACCUAUUUAGUUAUUGGUCUACCAUAUCCGGCAUACCUGGCUUCUGGCGGCUGAGUAGCGGAUCCCAUUUUAGGGGGUAGUCCUUAUUUCCAUGCCCGUGCGGCGGGAGGUAACGGCCCUGUUGCCUUGGAAAGGGUGAACAGGGGGAGUGAUGACCAAUCUAAAAGUGUGAGGGGUGGAUAGCCUCAUGUGCACGUGAGGUGCCCCUCCUUCCCCUUGCGGGUGGGUCACGUGAUCUCAUUAACCCCUUAGUAGCAAUUUUUCUAUGAGCAGAGGUCCCGCUCUGCUGCAGUUUCCGUUUGGGCCGUUUACCUUCUGCUGUGCCGGGUUGUCAUUAUAGCAAUUCGUUCAGCCGCCAUCUGACCUUGUUGGUUACCAUAGUUUCUUAGUUAGUUAAUAAAUGUUUAACCUGUGACGGUUAAAAUUUUACCCAUAAAAA